AUGUCCGAGAGCGUCAAGGACCUCAUUGAGAUCCCCUCGAGCUUCUUCAAGGAGUCGACUCACUUCAUCAACCGCUGCGUCAAGCCCAACAAGGAGGAGUUCAUCCAGCUGUGCCGUGCCAUCUCGAUCGGCUUCUGCGUCAUGGGCUUCAUCGGCUACGUUGUCAAGCUUAUCCACAUCCCAAUGUUCGUAACCGCCGCCAACCAGCUGGCAUCGAGGCUCUUCUCUUCUCUCUUCUCCCCAGCGUUUGCGUGUAUGGGCGCUGACAGACCGCUCUUUUCCUUACCCGGCGUUUUCGUUGGUCCCUUUCGUUCCCUUCGUCCUACAGCAACAACAUUCUCGUCGGCGGCGCAUAGGGUGGAAUGGGCGGAUUUUUUCGAUGCAUUGUAUACCGGGCUAUCACUCAACCAUCGCUCGCGCAAGAGGGAUCCGAGCGGGGGGGAUGGGACAGCGGCGGGAAACUGA